ACUUCCAUGUGGCAUCACUAAUUUUGUGUUGCAGGAAGUUCAUUGGUUGUGGCCAGUGUAGGAAACAUUGGGAUCCUUUAAACGACCAACAAAAAAGUUAGGAAUGAAGAAAUUGGUUGCAACUUUCAAUCAUCGUAGCGAACGUUUCCAAACUUUAGUUUCAUACAUAAUUAUAUUGACUUUGACUUUCUUUGGUGUUUGCAUCGUGUGUAAUAUUUUUAAUAUACAGUAUGAAGCUAGCCGAUACAACAAUAAAGUUCCACUGGACCUUGUGCAUGUACGUGAAAUCUUGUUAUCAAAAGACAGUGAGGAAACGCGCAAACGGGAGGACAGUUGCAGAAUAUGGGACUGUAUAAAUUUGUACAAAUGUGGACAAAAAGGACACGACCAUCUUUCCGUUUAUGUCUAUCCCCUCCAAGAAUACAUCGACGAGGUAAAAGGGGAGACUGUUUCAGUUCUUACCAGAGAAUAUUAUCAAAUACUCGAAGCGGUUAUACGAAGCCAUUAUUAUACGCCAAACCCAAAUGAAGCCUGCCUCUUCCUUCCAAGCAUUGAUACUUUGAAUAGUAACUUAGUAAAGUCUAGUGCAGUGGAACGAGCACUAGCGAUGCAAAAUUAUUGGGAUAAUGGGGAGAACCAUAUUAUUUUCAAUAUGAUGCCACGAACCGAUGGAAGUGUUUUAAAAACUGAUCGUGCCAUAGUGUUAGGAGGAGGAUUCGAUUCUUGGACCUAUCGGAACGGAUUUGAUUUAUCGUUGCCUAUUUACAGUCCUGCCCAACAACAUGUGUCAGAUUUAUCGCCAAAAUCAACACAUUUACCGCGAAAAAAUAUGUUGGUGAUUAUUUUGCCCAACGUAUCUCCAAAAUACCAUAGUCAAAUACAUUCAUUAGUUGACGAUAACCCAAGCGACGUGCUAAUGCUUGAUAAAUGUGUUGCACAUGGAAAUACCAUACGCUGUAAUAGCAGUCGUGGUAAAAGUUUUGAAUAUCCACGGACAUAUGAAAAAGGAACCUUCUGUUUAUAUUCACAUAGUGUGAAUGUGGGUAAAUCCGAUUUAAUGGAAAUGCUAGCCUAUAAUUGCAUUCCCUUGAUUGCUGCUGAUAAUUUUAUACUGCCGUUUGAAGAUGUGCUUGAUUGGACAUUAUUUUCGUUGAGAAUUCGUGAAGCAGAGAUUCAUUCCAUAGUAAAAAAGUUGAGCAAAGUAUCAAACACAAACAUUUUUGAACUCCAACGCCAAGGCCGUUGGGUAUACAACCGAUAUUUUAAAGAUUUAAAUACCAUAACGCUUACAUCAUUGGAAAUUUUGGAAAAUAGAAUAUUUCCUCAUCGAGCUCGUAGCCUAAUGGAUUGGAAUAAACCAGAUGAUAAUUACCGAAGUACUUAUAACCCACUCUUUUUGCCGGUAAUUUCUCCCAAGUCACAAGGAUUUACAGCUGUGAUAUUAACAUAUGAUCGAGUUGAAAGUCUUUUCACGUUGAUUCAAAAGUUAGCUAUGGUGCCAUCUCUUCAGAGCAUACUUGUCAUUUGGAAUAAUCAAAAUAAGAUGCCUCCUCAUUUAUCGUCAUUUCCUACAAUCCCUAAACCACUAAAAGUCAUUCAAACUCGUGCAAACAAACUCUCAAAUCGUUUUUAUCCAUAUAAUGAAAUUGAAACCGAAGCAAUUUUAACAAUUGACGAUGAUAUUAAUAUGCUUACUACUGAUGAAUUGGAUUUUGGAUACGAAGUUUGGCGAGAGUUUCCAGAUCGAAUAGUGGGAUUUCCAAGUCGAAUUCAUGUGUGGGAUAAUGCUUCGAUGCAUUGGCGUUACGAGUCAGAAUGGACUAACCAAAUAUCGAUGGUUCUCACUGGGGCCGCAUUUCAUCAUAAAUUUUGGAGUCAUAUGUACACAUAUGCAAUGCCAGGAAAUAUUAAAGAAUGGGUAGACCAACAUAUGAACUGCGAAGAUAUCGCUAUGAACUUUCUUGUGGCUAACAUUACCAAUAAACCACCGAUAAAAGUUACACCACGGAAAAAAUUUAAAUGUCCGGAGUGUACUAAUACAGAAAUGCUAUCUGCUGAUUUAAAUCAUAUGCGCGAAAGAUCUGCUUGCAUCGACAGGUUUUCCAGCAUUUACGGUCGUAUGCCGCUGCGCAGUGUAGAAUUUCGGGCAGAUCCUGUACUCUUUAGAGAUAACUUCCCUGAGAAAUUAAAGCGAUUUAAUGAUGUUGGGAAUUUGUAAAUAAUACUCGAAAAAUAAGAACUUUCAAUGCAUCGAUUUAUAAGAUUAUGUUAAUAAUAUAUUCAAUGCCAUAUAAUUAUGUAGUGUGAAUGUAGAUAUUUGUAAAUAAGACUAAACGCUUUUUUUAAACUGUACGUGUGUUAUGUGUUGGUGCAUUUUACGUGCUUUUAUUGUGAAUGAUUGAUAACAAUAUUUGAAUAAAAAUAUUUACUGUAAA